GUUCUGGAAGCGGAGCUGGAGGAGCUGAGGGGGAAAUGGCGGGGGCUGCAAUCGCAGCUGAAGGAAUUGCAGAGCCAGGAGGGGAACUGGGAGGAGAACCAGGCACGGCUCCGRGAGAAGGUGGCCAAACUGGAGGCAGAGAGACGCGAUCUGCAGGAAUCCUUCGGGCAAUCCUCGGAGCGAGAGCAGGAGCUGCUCCUCACCCAAAGAUCGCUCGAAUCGCGGCUGGAGGAGGCGGAGCGGGGCCGGGCGCGGCUGCAGCGGGAGCAGCGCGAUUUGGGAGCGGAGCUCCACGAACGCGAGCAGCGGCACCAGGAGCAGCUCCGGCGAUCGCAAAAUGAGCUCCAGGACAGCAAACAGCUGCUGGAGCGCACCACCGAGAAACUCAGCAAAGAGCUGGAGCAGGUGACGUUGGAAUCCCAGAGCUCGCUGGCGGCGCUGCGCUCCCAAAUGGAGGAAUUCCGGGAAAAAUCCCGUCGGGAACUCACAGAUUCCCAAAAAUUGGCCCAGGACCGGGGGGCCGAGGUGGAGAAGCUCCAGGAGAACAUCGGGAAGCUCCAGGAUGAGAUUUCCAGGUUGAAGCAGGCGCUGGAGGAGAGUCAGGAAAAUCGGGAUAAAAUCCUUUUGGAUAAGGAGUUGCUCCUGCAGAGAUUCCAGAACCUGGAGCAGGAGCUGGAGAGCAGAAAACGCUCCCAGGACGAGCGAUCCCGGCAUUCCAAAGCUCUGGAGGAGCGUUCCAAGCGCCUGGAGCUGGAGCUGGAGGAGGAGCGGAGCUCGGCCGAGCCCCAAUCCACCCCAAAUUCCUGGGAAUUCCCAUCCCAAUCCCCCCCUUUUCCAAUCCCGAAUUCCCUCAGGAAUUCCCACCCCAAUCCCCCUUUUCCCACCCUGAAUUCCCAGGAAUUCCUGCCCCUUUUCCCACCCCGGAUUCCCGGAAUUCCCACCCCAAUCCCCCCUUUUCCCACCCUGAAUUCAUGGGAAUUCUCAUCCCAAUCCUCCUAUUCCUGCCCCAAAUUCCUGGGAAUUCUCACCCCAAUCCACCCCACAUUCCUGGGAAUUCCUAUCGAGCAGCUGCGGGCGGAGCUGCUCCAGGAACGUUCGAACCGUCAGGACCUGGAAUGUGACAAAAGCUCCCUGGAGCGGCAGAACAAGGAGCUGAAGAAUCGUUUGGCCGCCUCCGAGGGGCAGCUCCGRCCCGGCAGCAGCGUCUCCCAAUUGGAAUCUCAGCUGGAAUCGCUCCGGGAUCAACUCCAGGCUGAGGAGAGGGAGAAGAGCGUUCUGCUCUCAUCCAACCGGAAAUUGGAGAGGAAAAUCAAGGAGCUCUCGAUGCAAUUGGACGAUGAGAGACAGAGCAGCGGCAGCCAGAGGGACCAGCUGAGCCUGCGGGUGAAGGCGCUGAAACGCCGCGUGGACGAGGCCGAGGAGGAAAUGGAACGYUUGGAAAACGCCCGGAAAAAAUCCCAGCGGGAAUUGGAGGAGCAAACGGAGCUGAACGAACAACUCCAGCAACGGCUGAAAUCCCUGGAAAAAGAGGCCUGGCGCCGGGCCGUGGAUUCGGCGCUGCAGGAGGAGCCGCUGUCGAGCUCCGAUGAGGAAUUCGGGAGCGGAGCCGGAGCCGCGGCCAUCGCGUCCCUGCUGAAUGAACCGGGAUUGCAGGCCAGCUCCUGCUGAAAUUCCCAAAAUUCCCAAAAUUCCCGAAAUUCCUGAAAUUCCUGAAAUUCCAACUGCUGAAUGAACCGGGACUGCAGGCCAGCUCCUGCUGAAAUUCCCAAAAUUCCCAAAAUUCCCAAAAUUCCUGAAAUUCCAACUGCUGAAUGAACCCGGCCUGCAGGCCAGCUCCUGUUGAAAUUCCAAAAAAAUUCCCAAAAUUCCCAAAAUUCCUGAAAUUCCAACUGCUGAAUGAACCGGGACUGCAGGCCAGCUCCUGCUGAAAUUCCCAAAAUUCCCAAAAUUCCUGAAAUUCCAACUGCUGAACAAACCGGGACUGCAGGCCAGCUCCUGCUGAAAUUCCCAAA